UCCUUCUAGACUGAUAGUCUUAAUCCGACGCCACACGUCGCUUACAACAGUUCUGUCCCACACGUCUAUAGGGAGCGAUAUAUUUCCGAAUAAAUCAACCUUCGAAAAUAGCCGUUGUUGAAUGACAAUAACUGUGAAAAUGUUGGAGCUAUAUUUAAGAUUUUAGUAAUAGCUUUUUGUAAACAAUGAUAUCCAAAUACGGAGCAACGGAUGUAAAGGAGAACCCAGUGCCAAUUGAAAACGGCGUGAAUGCUGAAGUGUAUUUGAGGCCUCGAAAAUGGUUGCGACUGAACCAGAACAUCAUUUAUGGCCUGGGCCACGUGUACAACGACCUGUGUGCGGCCAUGUGGUUCUCAUACAUGAUGCUGUUCUUCCAGGCAGUGCUGGAGAUGAGAGCCGUCGUAGCCGGCACCAUGUUGCUUUUAGGACAAGUGAUAGACGCUCUAGCUACACCCGUGGUGGGCAUCAUGGCUGACAGAUACAGCACGAAGAAAAAAUGGCAUUUAACUGGAUGCAUUUUAGUAACUUGCACGUUUCCCCUGCUCUUCAUAAGAUGCUGGGGUUGUCGAGAAGGGAUGGCGAGCUACCUAGCGUGGUGGAUGCCGACGUACUACGCCACCCUCAUUAUCAUCUUCCAAGUCGGAUGGGCCAUCGUCCAGAUAUCACAUCUCGCCAUGAUCCCGACGUUAUCCGACAACCUACAUGUUCGGUCGGAGUUAACUUCUAUAAGGUAUAUGGCAUCAGUGACUUCAAGUUUGAUGGUUUAUCUCGUCACUUGGAUAGUUUUAAGAACAACUAAUUACAGUACAUUUAUUACUCCAGCUGAUGAUUACAAAUUUCGUGACGUGUCGUUAAUAAUUUCCAGUAUAGGAAUAGCAUCCUAUUCACUAUUCCAUAUAAUCUUUAGACUACGAUGCAAGGAUACUAAAUCGAACGGACAUCAAAUUAAUAACGGGACGUCAUCGCUUCUUCCUGUAACUGAAGAAGGCACCACGCCCACACUUGUGUCACAGUUAAAAAUAAUACAUUUUUUAAAAAUGCCUUUGCUGUACCAAACAAGCCUUUUAUACGUGUUUUCUAGAUUAUACUGGGCCCUAAGUUUAGUUUACGUGCCUUUGUUUCUGGAGGAGCGGCUAUCAGUCAACCCUAGUUCUGGGUCAGAGCUGGUGGCCAGCGUCCCUCUAGUACUGUACAUAUCUUCCUUCUUUUUCUCCCUCCUCUUGAAGAGCAAGAUAAAUACAUAUGGACAUCAGAUGGUGUAUUUAAUAGGAAGCACUCUGAGCCUUGUCAGUUCUUUAUGGAUAGCUCUUGCUAUAGAUCCUGACGCCAACAUAGUGCAAAUAUACUUAGUGGCAACCUUUAUAGGUGCUGGAAGUUCCAUAACCCUAGUUUCUAGUCUUUGUGUGACUGCUGACCUGAUCGGACCCCAUUCUCAUCAAAGUGCUGCCAUUUACUCCAUCGUGACCUUUGCUGACAAACUUGUCACAGGAAUUGCAGUUGUGGCUAUAGAGAAUUACAAAUGUGACAACGCAAUAGAUUGUCCGCAAUACUACAGAGGCGUGCUGACUUAUGCUUGUGGAGGCAGCGCAUUAUUGGGUAUGCUCUCGCUUAUCUUAGCAAAAAUAUCUCUAACACGUAAAACAUGAGCAUUUAUGAGCAUACACAAAUGCUCUUGUCUACUAAAUAAACGUAUAAGAUAUUUA